ACCAACACAAGUGCACGUACACACGCACGCACGAGCGCGCAAACACGCAUGCACACACAAACACACCCCUCAUGUGGACCUAGGGCGCCUCCACGCGGACGCAGGCAGGAGAACGGGAGGAGGGAUCAGUACAGCUCGAGCUCAAGGAGACGAACGGUAGAGCGAGCGCCUCUUCUUCUGAAGGACGACCGGACCUCGCGCGUAUUCAGGACUUUAUUAUUUUAUUCCUCUCUUUUCCUCCUCCUUUCCUCUCGUUUUCUUUCCCACGCGAUGAGUGACUGACCCAGAGAGGGUCCUACGCGCUUGUUCUUCUAAAGUUCUGGGUCAGUUAGAAGGAGAGGAUGAUGAUGAGGUCCGAGGUCAUCGCGCUGUGCUUCCUGUUCGGAUCUGCGGCACUUGCACAGGCCGUCCCAGAAUGCAACAAGAAACAUGAGUGUCCUAUAGAUGUGUACUUUACAAUCGACACAUCUGAGACCAUCGCCCUGCAAGAACCUCCCCCUGGAUCACUGGUGGAGAGCAUUAAGAUGUUUACGGAGCGUUUUGCAGAGCGUCUGGAGGAUGCUGACUAUAAAGGUCUGGUCCAGAUCAGAUGGCAGUUAGGAGGACUACACUUCUCCCAGAGACAACAGGUCUUCAGCCGCAUACAGGCCAAGGACGCCUUUAUCCAGGGUUUGAGGAAUAUCCGGUACCUGGGUAAAGGAACCUACAUCGACUGCGCCCUCGCUAACAUGACACAGGAAAUGACACGUUUGCCCUCUAACCCCGGAGCGCUGCGAUUCGCUGUCGUCAUUACCGACGGUCACGUGACAGGAAACCCGUGCGGCGGGGUGAAGGUGACGGCCGAGCGUGCGCGCGACGAGGGCAUCAGGAUGUUUGUGGUCGCGGCCACGAAGAACGUGGACGAGACGGGUCUGAGGGAGAUCGCUAACUCUCCGGCCAACGUCUACAGAAAAGACUUCCUGGCUGUCGACCUCAGUGGCAACAGGCCUGUUAUACAGCUGGACACUAUAGACCGCAUCAUCAAGACCAUGGUAACACAAACACACACACACACACACACACACACACACACACACACACACACACACACACACACACACACACACACACACACACACACACUAACAUACUGUUAUACAGCUGGACACUAUAGACCGCAUCAUCAAGACCAUGGUAACACAAACACACACACACACACACACACACACACACACACACACACACACACACACACACACACACACACACACACACAC